UUUAAAUAAAAAAUAAAACACGACUUAAAAACUGUAUUAAAAUAAUUCGGGUCCACAUUAAGCCCGACCAGAUAUUAGUCCACUCAAAGAACUAUCCACUAUAUAACAUACAACUUAAAUGUGGACUCGAUGCUAACCUGAUUUCGAGUACAAAAUUUGUAGACUGGAGCCUAUGUUUCAACCCUCCCCAUUUUAUCGAUAUCGAUAAGAAUCGCAGGCGUGUAGCGUACUACACUAUUUAAAUCGGUUAUGUUGGUAUUAUGUUCCUUGACAGUUCUUUGUCGUAGAUUUUGGUAAUGAUUUGCGAAACUAACCGAGUCCACUCGCUAGUAUGGAAGUCCCGUCUCUUAAAACGUAGUGAUUAUAUGCUCUUUGCUACUGUUUGUCAAUCUGGUCAAUCAGUCAAGUACAUAAAGUACAUAUUAAGUACAUCACAUCUUUUGGUUUGCAAUAAAGUGGAACUAAAUUUCGACCGUGAAACUGUAAAUAACAUAUUAUGUCUUAAUGAAAGCCGCCACUAGCUUGUAUUUUACGAUGGCGGAAUCGCAGGUUGCUAACAUAGUCAACGAAAUAUUGAGGGUCGAGGCAGUUGAAGAAGCCUUUAGCUGCUUCUUGGUCUAUAAGCCCGACCAGGAGAAUGAGAGGUUAGCGACCUAUCAGAAGAAACUAUGUGCAGUCAUGACUACAAUCAGUGCAGACGUGCAGGAGUCUGCCAUCAGGCAGUACCUCACGCUGACUGCGGUUCUCACCAACAGACACAAAAUGAAGCAACUUCUGACACUCAUGGAAAAUUUAGUUAACACAAAUAUCAUACAGGCCCGGAUGCUCUGUGACUGCAUACUGACCAGUGAAAAACUUUCUUAUCAAAAUGCAGAUUACUGGAUCGAAUGUUUCAAUUUAAUCAGAAGAAUUAUAGGUGGUGUGGAUUACAAAGGCGUCAGAGAGAUCAUGAAGGGCUGCAGAGAAAAGGCACACACAUUACCUGUGCGAUUAAAUUCUUCAACAAUGCCUCAGAUGAAGGCCCUGUAUAAUGUAAUAGAGUACAUAUUUGACCGCAACGCGUCCUUGCUGCCCGCUUACUUUAUUGUGACGGAAAUACAGAAAGAUUACCCUGACAAUAAUCAUUGGCCACAUUGGCAACUUGCAAAGCUGCUGACAAGCUUUGUUCAAAGCUUCAAGCCGUGUGCACAGAUGGUGUCAAUUAUUGGGCACUCUCAUAUGUUGCCAGUAGUUGAGUACUCUGGCUACGCUGACCACUUAGUCAACCCAUGGCGACUGGAUCCAACUACAUUAAAAUUCUCCCUCAAAGGAAGUUUGCCAUAUGAUGACAAACUAUUGAAGCCACAAAUAGGCUUGCUAAGACACGUUUUGCAGCAGCCAUAUUCCAGAGACAUGGUGUGUUCCAUGCUGGGAUUGCAAAAGCAGCACAAGCAGCGUUGCAUCGCUCUGGAAGACCAACUAGUAGAACUCAUGAUACUAGCCAUGGAGAAGAGUGAACAGGAAAACGAAGACGACGAAAUGUCGUCAACACACUGGUGCUGGUUACACCUAUCAUCACAAGUUAUUUAUUUAAUACUUUUUCAGUUUGCCUCAUUCCCUAAUAUAGUAAUGGGUCUUCACAACAAAUUGAUUGGACACGAUAUGAGGAAGGGCAGAGAUCAUUUAAUGUGGGUGCUGCUUCAGUUUAUCUCGGGGAGUAUACAAAGGAAUCCGCUAUCAAACUUUUUACCCAUAAUAAAGCUUCAUGAACUGUUGUAUCCGGAGAAGGAGCCCUUGCCAGUCCCCGAUUGUACGAGAGCCCACUGCACACAUCAAAUGGCUGUUGUGUGCAUUUGGAUGCACUUGUUGAAAAAAGCGGAGUCGGAACAUAAAACAAUGCCUAUGCCACAAAACCUAAAAGUGCAAUAUGACUUCCUUCAGCACUUCAUGACAUCGAACAACACGCCGAACCUCAUGGGCUCAGACUACCGCAUAGCUUUGCUCUGUAACGCGUAUUCAACCAACCAAGAAUACUACGCACGGCCCAUGGGCAUCAUUAUAGAGACCCUCUUCGGCAGUCAGAAAGCUUUAUCCAAUGGGAAUCCUGGGACACCAUUGCCUACAGUGCCACUGUCGAUGUGCAUACUUGACAGUCUGACGUUGCACUGCAAAAUGUCUCUGAUACAUUCUAUAGUGACGCACGUAGCGAAACUAGCGCAGAACAAGACCAGUAUACCCGGGAGCAGUAUGAUGGCGCCGGCGCUCGUGGAAACGUACAGCCGCCUGCUGGUCUACACUGAGAUUGAGUCGCUUGGAAUCAAAGGUUUCGUUAUCCAACUGCUCCCGAACGUGUUCAAGUCGCAAGCGUGGGGCAUCCUACACAACCUGCUGGACAUGUUCUCGUACCGCAUCCACCACAUCCAGCCGCACUACAGGGUCACGCUGCUCUCCAACAUACACUCGCUGGCCGCGUACCCGCAGGCCAACCAGACGCAACUGCAGCUCUGUUUCGAAAGCACCGCGCUACGACUGAUCACAAGUCUGGGCAGUUCAGGCGUGCAACUACAGAUGUCGCGAGUGGUGUCCGAGCCGAAGUCACUCGUGUCACAGGACAACGAGGAACUGAACCGUGUGCUGGUGCUCACGCUGGCGAGGGGCAUCUACAUGAGCGGCACAGCCAACGACGGAGCGGCAGUAAAAGAGUUACUUACCACUAUAAUGACGAACACACCGCACAUGUGGUCUCAGCACACGCUGCAGUGCUUCCCGCCGGUGCUGGUCGACUUUUUCUCACAGAAUCCAGCACCCAAGGAGAACAAGCAAGUGCUAAAGAAAUCCGUAGAGGAGGAGUAUCGCAAAUGGACGUCAAUGGCGAACGACAACGACAUAAUAUCGCACUUCUCCGUGCCGGGCACGCCGCUGUUUCUCUGUCUGCUGUGGAAGAUGAUAUUCGAUACGAAUAGGAUCAAUCCUAUUGCUUUCAAAAUCCUGGAACGCAUCGGCGCCCGAGCGCUCUCAGCUCACCUUCGCAAGUUCUGCGACUACCUCGUGUAUGAAGUGACCAACCCGGCGGGCGGGCCGCACAUCAACAAAUGCGUGGACGCCAUCAACGACAUCAUAUGGAAGUACAACAUCGUCACCAUCGACAGGCUCGUGCUGUGUCUGGUGCUGAGGCCAAACCCCGAUGGCAACGAGAGCCAAGUGUGCCUCUACAUCAUCCAACUCCUGCUGCUCAAAGGGUCCGAGCUCAGAAACCGGGCCCAAGACUUCGUCAAGGAGAACUCGCCCGAACACUGGAAGCAGAACAACUGGUACGACAAGCACCUGGCAUUCCACAGAAAAUACCCCGAGAAAUUCGCCCCCGAAGAGGCGAGCAGCGCCUACGGCGGGCCCAUACCCGUCUACCUCAGCAACGUGUGUCUUCGCUUCAUCCCCGUGCUGGACAUAGUGGUGCACCGCCACCUGGAGACACCGCAGGUCAGCAAGAACCUGGAGCAGCUGCUCGAGCACCUGGGAUACCUGUACAAGUUCCAUGAUCGACCAGUAACCUUCCUAUACAACACACUGCACUACUACGAGACGAAGUUACGCGACAAGCCGCCACUAAAGAGGAAGCUCGUGAACGCAGUGCUGGGGUCACUUAAGGACGUGCGGCCCGCGGGCUGGGCCACCACGGAGGCGUUCCAGGCAUACUUGGUCAAGACGGACGCGGACACCACGACGUGGACGCCGGACCUUAACUACUACCUCAGCCUGGUUAAUAGGAUGGUUGACACAAUGACAGGUGUAUCCCACUUCCCGAACACCGAUUGGCGUUUCAACGAGUUCCCGAACCCAUCAGCGCACUCCCUCUACGUAACCUGCGUAGAACUCAUGUCCUUGCCUAUGGCGCCAGAUGCUGUCGGGAAUAGCUUGCUGGACGUGGUCACUAAGGGCUUCGUAGUCAUACCGGCGACCAAAAUUCAACUUUGGAUUAACGCAAUAGGGCUCAUAAUGGCUGCUCUGCCCGAUUCGUACUGGACAGUAAUUCAUGACAGGAUACUGGAAGCCAUGACCCACAGCGAUAUGACCGAGUGGCCGUACCAACACUCGCCAUUCCAGUUGUUCAACCUGGCCACGACCAACGACGCCAUGUUGGAGAACAAGUACAGCCUCACGCUGGCGUUGGCGCACGCCGUCUGGUACCACGCCGGAGCCGGGCAAAUCAUGCAGGUUCCUCAGUUUGUGAAAGAGAAGCUGUCACCCGAGAUCCACACAGAGACGCAACUAGUGUUCCUAUGCCACCUGGUGGGGCCGUUCCUGCAGCGGUUCAACGCGGACGUCUCGCGCGCCGUCAUGGACAUCACCAUCGCGCUGUACGAGCUGCUCGCGCACAUCGACAAGACGCAACCACAUCUACAAUACAUUGAUCCUAUAUGCGAUCUACUCUACCACAUAAAAUACAUGUUCGUCGGCGACACACUCAAAAGCGAAGUAGAGACCGUAAUCCGCAAGCUCCGGCCCGCCCUGCAGAUGCGGCUGCGGUUCAUCACGCACCUCAACGUGGAGCAGAUCAACACCGCCUAGCAGAGCGACUACUACAGCUACACGCCGUCUAGCUCGAGCUCCAGCUCGGAAUAGACGGCCGAGCUGUAGACUGUGGACAUUUGCACGCGAGACUAUCUAGCUCCUAGGUGACGGCUUGCUAGUGCAGUCCAACGCCCUAUACGAGUAUAACCUUCUUCAAACAGACGAGCUUCGAGAGGAGGUAAAAUGGAGCUAGGAUAAUUUUUAAUCCUUCAUUGGGUCUUAAUAUACCAUUCAAAUAAUGGAAAUGAUUUAAAAAAAGGCGAGACAGGCAAAUCUAUUUUACAGUUUUAUAUUAAAUAACAGAUAGUUUCAGUAUUUGGUGAUAUUUCUCAGACUUUUUAGUCUUUUUACUUCUUUUAGUUGUACUAAAGUGAUUUUAUGUUAAAAGUUGGGAAUAUGGCAGAUAAUUAGUUGCACGUUAUUUACUUGAAAGAACCUCACGCCAACCCAAAACCUUUCUGAUAUGUUAAAAGGGAUUUAUUAGGGAGUUAGUUUUAUAAGAUUUACUUAUUUAUUUUAAGAUUAGUUAUCGUCCUUUCUAUAACGGAUUUGCCCUAAAUACGAUUUUGUGUAAACCGGCAUGAAAAAUAACUCUCAUUCAUUUAAUUUAAAUGAUAGUGAUAUAAGUAGUCGAGGACAAGAGAAAAAAGGGCGUCGUCCUUUAAUUCCUAAGAGUCAUUGAGAACAUGACAAUGAUGAUGUCUAAUUUUAAAAAAGACAGUCAACGUCAUACAAAAUGAUGAUAUAUGUAGUCAUUAUUUAUGUAGUAUGGUAAAUGUAUACAAUCAAUGAGUUUAUUGAAAACCUACCUAUUGAAUUUUCUUGUAUAGAGACUUUGUAUCAAAACCAUGUAUUUGUUAUCUAAAGUGCAACAUGAGCACAUUGUUUUUUUUUUUUCACUUUUUACGUGUGUAUUUUUACACACACACAUUUUUAUAGUUAAUUUUUAUUACUUUAAAUGAUUAAUUUUAGAUCAUAACUACGCAUCGUGACUACUCUCGUGUCGUUCAAGCUUGAUUUCUUAUUGCGAAAGUAAUUAACUUAUAUUACUUUUUGCUGCUGAACAUAAUUAUGCUUUUUACAAUGGUUGUAUUUUAACUGGUCAAAGUAGUUUUUUUUUUCUUAGUUGAUUUUAAUCCUUUGGACGCCAAGAGCGCCCGAAGGCACGCUUAUAAGCGUCAUGUUUUUAAGGUUUACAUCACUAGAGCCCAUGAUCACGGCAUGGAGUAACGCUUUUGUAAAUGACGUGUGGCGUUGAAAUAAUUAAUAAUUACAUUUUGUUUUAGCUAUUCUCAGGUUAGGUAGACUGGUCAGAUCUCCUGUAAACUAAUAUUUAAAAUAGUGUAUUUUCUCAUCAGUCAUCACACUAUAUAAUAUAAUAGGUAGUGUCGUAAUCGUUAUACAGUAGGUAAACGUUUACAUUUAUGAUAAAACAUGUCGUGUAUAUAAAUUGCUUUUUCUAUAUGUGCAUGCAGGUGUAGCUAUGUAAUUGUAAGUAUUUAUGAAUUUUAUAAUGUAGUUUCUGGGAUUGGACACUUUUUAAUUUUGUAAUAAGACGAUAAUUGCAUUAAUUACAUGUAAUUUCUGCCAGUUUUAGCAUGUAGGUUGGAUAUUAUUUAACCCAUUCUGACUAACAAGUUUAAAAAUAUAUGCAGAUAUUGUUAGCAUCGUGUUCAAACAAGAAUUGAGAAAAAUAAUAUUGGUAAUGAAAAGACCUGUACUGCAUGACUAGAACAUAAGUUAAUUUCUAUCAUCACAACCUAAUUAUCACAAUUGUAACCCAAGACAUUUUCAAAACGCCAGUAUGUAAAUAUUAUACCAUUUAUAAUACUUGCAAGAAUGCGUAGGCAUAUGAGUUAUUCGAAUGGUAGUUUUCUUAUUACUUAUAUAUUAUGCUUGUACAGUCGCCAAUGUCGCCAUCAGAUAUAUCGGAGCGGUCAAGGUGUUCACAAUAUGUGAACACGCACUUUAACGCCUUGGUAAUAGAGGCGUGUUUAGAUAUAUAUAUAUAUAUAUAUAUAUAUAUAGAUAUAUUUGAUGCCGACUAACAAGUGCAGUUAUCGUAGGCAACCGGCUUUACUUGCGUGUCUUAUACUGUACUCUAUUCGUGUUUAAUCUUGUUCCAUGUGGCCGAAAUGUUGAAUUAUAAAAUGCACUUUCAUGCUGGGCAUGCCGACUAUCGUGUUGCAUUGCAUCUAGGCAUAUUUCAUUAAGUUUAUGAUCGUUGCCUGGCAGAGAUAGGACUUUAGCCGUGAGGGUUGACCAUUUGGACGACACGGUGUAAAUGCGUAGAGUUUGAGAGUCAUAACAACUCUCACCGCUAUUUUCAUGGAGUUCCUAUCUUUGCUGUAAUGUUGUAACAAUUACAUACAUGGACUGACAAAGUACUUUUCUCUUUAUCACACUUUUGUUAAUUGACUCAGAAAAGUACGAUAAAUUGUUAUAUUUUUUUCAAGUUGGUCAAAUGGUUAUUUUUGGAUGGUUGAUAAUGUUGAUAUGCAAUGAAAAAUAUUGGUGCACUUGGCGUACUGUAUGUUGUGACUUGUAUCAAAGUAAUUUAUUUUUCAAGAUUUGUUCGCUGAUAUAGACAUAUUGUACAUAACACAGUAAAUAGAUAUGUAUCAUUAUAGGUUAAUAUUACAGAAGUUAUGUAACAACCCAAUCAGAGUGUUAAUAAGAGUAAUAUCUAAUUGAAAGCAUUUUUAUGGCAAAAGAUCCUUCAAAGAGGUUUUUUGUUUAAUAUUUGGGUAUAUUAAGAGGCUGUCAAUACCUAAAGCGCGCACACUGUCUAUUUGUAUCGGAGUAAAUGAGAAAGCACUGUCGCAUGUUACUGGGCCUGGGCAAGGGAAUAAUAAGAAAAUUAUUUAAAUAAAAAAAAGUGGAUUAUUAGUGUAAUAUUUUACUUAUUAGCGGUUUAGAUAUAAAUGUUUUGAAAUUGUGAUUUGAAUUGCAGACCCAUAAGUCAAAACAAUAAAGACAUAGAACCGUUUAAUUGUGAUUUUAAGACCAAUCUUUGCAAUUAUUUUCUAUCGAGCCGAUUUCGUUCAAUCAUGUAUCGAGUACAACCACGGUCUUUGAAAUAUAAUUAAUAUGAACAUAUAUUUUUCUUACUUGACUAAAACAAAUAGUCUUUCUUAACAAACUGUUUAAGUAACAUCAAUUUCAAGGACAUUGGGUGUUGACAGCCCCUUAACCACGUACCGAAUAUGCAAGUAAAAAGAUUUUUAGGCGAACUCAUGAGGUAUUCUAUGGAACAUUAUUCAGUAUUCAUUACCUAAAAAAAAUCGUUCGUGUAAAAAAUAAUCACAUAGUUACAUCCAUUGGUAGUAACAAAAAGUUUUAAGAUGGUUUAGUUACGAUGGUUAGAUACUUUUUAAUUAAACUGUCCUAGAGACUUAUCUAAAGUAUAAUAUUAACGUUUUAUGGUUAAAUGAUCAAAUACCAUUUAUAAUUUAAUAAAGACAGGUUCAUUGGUAUGAAUUCAAGUUAACAUAUUUAUUAUUUUUUUACAACUGUAUUGUCAACAUUCAAUGCAACAACCCAUCACAAGGCUUAGAAUUAAGAUUGUUAGGUUUAUACCGAUACCUAUAAAAUAUACUCGUAAUUAAGUUUAUUUUACGGUCCGUGUAAAUUUUACGUUUAAAACUCACAAUACAAAUUGUGAAUUGUUAUACACGAUACCUUAUGUAACAGGCCCCUAUGGCCAAUGGUUGUAGUAUUAACGAACUAUAACUAAUGUUACACGUUUAAUUACUUAUAUGAAUGUAACUCGCGACACUCGCGUAUUUUUUGUAUCGUCCUGUAGAUCAAAAUUGUGACCGCAGCCGGCAAAAUGUCCCACUUUGUCGCUUGCCAUAAGGACGCCUUAACAGGUUAUUCGUAUAAAGAUAUAAGCAAAUCUCGUCCUUAUGGCAAGCGACAAAGUGAGACGCUGUGCCGCGGUCACAAAUGUUUCUAGUUUACUUAGGUAAGGUAAGGUCCUAAGGGUCCUAAAAAUGAAUUGCCAUUAAUAUGUUUUGGCAAAGGCCCUUUUCUACUACUGCUGCGGACUACUGCCGAAAUUCACUAACUACCGGCUGUGAACAGUGUGAACUACCGCUGGAAAUUGAUGAAAAAAUUAAACAGUCCAAAUAAUAAACAUCAAAACUAGGUCACGUUUAUAUACUAGACGAGCUUAUUUCGGUCGUUAGCCUGUAAUCUUUGAAUGUAAUUACCAUUUUCAAAUUGACGUGAUUCCGAAAAGAACAAAAUAUACCUACCGUAGGUUCAUGUAGAGUCAGAUGCCGAGACAGUUGACCCCCCCCCCCCCCCUGCAAACAAAUUUCUAUUAGGAGGAAGGAGGGUCAGUUAUCUCUGCAGCUGACUUCAAGAUUUCCACAUUACCUUUUCAAUUGCUCAGUGUAUAGUUGUAUACGAUGGAAUCAUUAUUGUAACUGCUUGUAUCAAUCAAGUGAUCACACAAUCAGCAAUCUGGAUUGCUAUUUAAUACAGUUAAAUACCUAGAACGUGUGAUUACUUUUUGAGUACCUAUCUUAUAAAUACAGUAUGUAAAUAUGAAGAUACAUGAGUAUAUUAUUUUUAUGCCUUUAAUGAUGAUAAACGAAUAAAGUGUAAUAUUUUGUAAA